AUGUCUUCAGUUUGGUCUGAAUAUACAAUUGGUGGGGUGAAGAUUACCUUUCCUUAUAAAGCCUACCCAUCACAGCUUGCUAUGAUGAAUUCUAUUGUCAGAGGAUUAAAUAGUAAGCAACAUUGUUUGUUGGAGAGCCCAACAGGAAGUGGGAAAAGCUUAGCCUUACUUUGUUCUGCUUUAGCAUGGCAACAGUCUCUUAGUGGGAAGCCAGUGGAUGAAAGCUUAAAUAAAAAAGCUGAAGUACCAUCAUCAUGUUGUUGUGUAUGCCAUUCAAAGAAUUUUACAAACAUUGACUUGAACCAAGGAACUUCACAUCAUUUCAACGGUCCAAGUACACCACCUUCUGAAAGAAAUGACACUUCAUCAACUUGUCAAGGUUUUGUGUGGACAUGUUUUCAGCUCUUCCAGAUUCAAGAUCGACAAGAAGCAAUUGACUGGCUUCUUGGUUUAGCUGUUAGACUUGAAUAUGGAGAUAAUGCUGAAAAAUACAAGGACUUGGUACCUGAUAAUACAAAAAAUGCUGACAAUGCAGCUAAAAAUGCAGAGCCAUUGAUCAACUUGGAUGUAAAUAAUCCUGAUUUUAAGGCUGGUGUAAUGGCUUUGGCUAACCUUCUUCAGAUUCAGCAUCAUGAUGAUUACCUGGUAAUGCUUAAGGCAAUUCGCAUUUUGGUCCAGGAGCACCUGACCCAGGAUGCAGUUGCUAAAGCAAAUCAAACGAAAGAGGGCUUGCCUGUUGCUUUAGACAAACAUAUUCUUGGUUUUGACACAGGAGAUGCAGUUCUUAAUGAAGCUGCUCAAAUUCUUCUCUGUAAAUUCAAAGGUCAAAAUCAAAAGGAAAAUAUCCCUUUGAAAGACAAACCUGAUAGCUUGUUAGCAGGAGAAAUACUUAAUGGAAGAUAUGGAGUGAAAAACAGAUUUAAGCCCCCUGGUCACUGUUCCAGGUGUUGUUGUUCUACUAAACAAGGAAGCAGUCAAGAUUCCUCAAAUACCACUAAAAAGGAUCAUGGGGGGAAAUCCAAGAUACCCAAAAUAUAUUUUGGGACACGCACACACAAACAGAUAGCUCAGAUUACUAGAGAGCUCCGGAGGACAGCGUACUCAGGGGUCCCAAUGACUAUUCUUUCCAGCAGGGAUCAUACUUGUGUCCAUCCUGAAGUAGUAGGUAACUUCAACAGAAAGGAAAAGUGCAUGGAAUUGCUGGAUGGAAAAAACGGCACAUCCUGCUAUUUUUAUCAUGGUGUACAUAAAAUUAGUGAUCAACACACAUUACAGACUCUUCAAGGAAUGUGCAAAGCCUGGGAUAUAGAAGAACUUGUCAGCUUGGGAAAAAAACUAAAGGCAUGUCCAUAUUACACAGCACGAGAACUAAUAGAAGAUGCUCACAUAAUAUUUUGUCCUUACAACUAUCUUCUAGAUGCACAAAUAAGGGAAAGUAUGGAUAUCAAUCUAAAAGAAGAGAUUGUCAUUUUAGAUGAAGCUCAUAACAUUGAAGACUGUGCUCGGGAGUCAGCAAGUUACAGUGUAACAGAAGUUCAGCUUCGGUUUGCUCGAGAUGAACUAGAUAGUAUGGUCAAUAAUAAUAUAAGGAAGAAAGACCAUGAACCUCUGCGAGCUGUGUGCUAUAGCCUAAUUAAUUGGUUAGAAGCAAACUCUGAACAUCUUAUGGAAAGGGAUUAUGAAUCAUCCUGUAAAAUAUGGAGUGGAAGUGAAAUGCUCUUAAAUUUACACAAAAUGGGCAUCACCACUGCUACUUUUCCCAUUUUGCAGGGACAUUUUUCUGCUGUCCUUCAAAAAGAAGAAAAAGUCUUACCAAUGCAUGGUAAAGAGGAGGCAAGAGUAGUACCAAUUAUUAGUGCUUCAACUCAAAUAAUGCUCAAAGGACUUUUUAUGGUGUUUGACUAUCUUUUUAGGCAAAAUAGCAGAUUUGCCGAUGAUUAUAAAGUUGCUAUUCAACAGACUUAUUCUUGGAUAAAUCAGAUUGAUACUUCAGAUAAAAAUGGAUUCUUUGCUCUGGCAAAAAAUAAGAAACGUUCAAGACAGAAAAUUGCAGUUCAUGUGCUAAACUUUUGGUGCUUAAAUCCAGCUGUGGCCUUUUCAGAUAUUAAUGGCAAAGUUUGGACAAUUGUUUUGACAUCUGGGACAUUAUCACCAAUGAAAUCCUUCUCAUCAGAACUUGGUGUUACAUUCACUAUCCAACUGGAGGCUAAUCAUGUCAUUAAUAACUCACAGGUUUGGGUGGGCACCAUUGGGUCAGGCCCCAAGGGUCGGAAUCUCUGUGCUACCUUCCAGCACACAGAAACAUUUGAGUUUCAGGAUGAAGUGGGCGAACUUUUGUUAUCUGUGUGUCAGACUGUGAGCCAAGGAAUUUUGUGUUUCUUGCCAUCUUACAAGUUAUUAGAAAAGUUAAAAGAACGUUGGCUCUACACUGGUUUAUGGCAUAAUCUAGAGUUGGUGAAGACAGUCAUCGUAGAACCUCAGGGAGGAGAAAAAACUGAUUUUGAUGAAUUACUGCAGGUGUACUAUGAUGCAAUCAAGUACAAAGGAGAGAAAGAUGGAGCCCUCUUGGUAGCAGUUUGUCGUGGUAAAGUGAGUGAGGGUCUGGAUUUCUCAGAUGACAAUGCCCGUGCUGUCAUAACAAUAGGGAUUCCUUUUCCAAACGUGAAAGAUCUACAGGUUGAACUAAAGCGACAAUACAAUGAUCAGCACUCAAAAUUGAGAGGUCUUUUACCUGGUCGUCAGUGGUAUGAUAUUCAAGCAUAUAGGGCCUUAAACCAGGCCCUAGGUAGGUGUAUUCGACACAGAAAUGAUUGGGGAGCUCUUAUUCUAGUGGAUGAUCGUUUCAGGAGUAAUCCCAGUCGAUAUAUAUCUGGACUUUCUAAAUGGGUACGGCAGCAGAUUCAGCACCAUUCAACAUUUGAAAGUGCACUGGAGUCCUUGGCUGAAUUUUCCAAAAAACACCAGAAGGUCAUUGAUGUAUCCAAAGAGGACAGAAAGUUUAUACAGGACAGUGAGUCUACACUUGAAGUGACCCAUUUGAAGGACAAUAGUUUAACUUAUUUAUCAGAAGCGGCAAGUCAUCUAGCACCAGAAAAUCCUGGGAAAGGUGAAGCAAAAAUGUGUGUCCAAGAACAACAGUGUCCUAAAAUAACUAAAAGUCCAUCUCUACCAAGAGGUAUCAUCUCCAGAAAGGAAAGAGAUGAUCCUGUAUUAUUGGAAGAGUCCGCCCAGGCAGUGAAAGCAGAAAAAAUUGUGAUUUCCAGGUCCACAAGCCCAACCUUCAACAAACAGACAAAGAGAGCUAGCUGGUCUAGCUUUAAUUCUUUGGGACAUUGUCUUACUGGUGAAAUUCUGACUGCAGCACCUAAGUUCAGGUCACCAGAGGACUAUACCUCUAGUGUCUCCACUUUCAAAACAGAAAAGGGAUGUAAAACAGUUUUGCCACUCGUUGAUAAAUGUGAGUCCUCAUCUCUGACAGUAAACGCAUCAUUUGGACCAUGCCCUCAAUCAGAAAGCACUAUUUCUUCAAUAAAGAUUGAUUCUAAUCUUCUUAAAAGAAAUGAUUCCAAACAGCUGUUCUGCUGUGAAGAAGCCCUGGAUCCGGACACUGAAUUGUCUCUAGUUGGUGAAGAAGCUGAACUUCCCACUUCACAUAGAGCUUCUGAAACAGAAGCAGAGGAUGAAUCUAUCUAUUUUUCACCUGAGCUUUAUGAUCCUAUGGAUACAAAUGAAGAAAAGAAUGAUCUAGUUGAAAGUGAUAGAGACAAUAGAUUGGCUAAUCAUUCAAAUUGCAUUUUAGUUGAAGAUCUUUUUGAAAUUAGUACUAUGAAAGGAGUGGAUUCAGUCCAAGAAAUGAAAGCUGAGGAUUGCACAGACACAAAGUUGAAUAGACUCAUGCAUAUUAAAGAAAGUAAAAUCGAUACCAUUGGUAGUAAUGUAAUGUAA